UCCUCACAGCCAGACACUGGCUCUGUUUGGGACCUGAGCACCGGCUCGUUCCUCUGUGUUGUGCUGGUAUGAAGUUUUCCCAGCGGCCCGGCACCGUGCUGCACUGAGGACUCCGGGCAGUGGGGGAGGACGGGGAGGAAGAGCAUUCCUGAACCUGCUCCCGCACACGGACCUUCCAGAACCAGCAGAGGGAUCAUGGGAGCUGCUUAUGGAAAGAAGAAGGCGUACAGCAUCGACCACGCGCCUGCACCCAAGCAGCAGUGUGUGAAAAAUGGGAAGACACCGAACAAUCGAGCCUCAGCCUACGCAGACCUGCAACGGUCCCAGGGUGCCCACCAGAGGCCAUCCCCGGUGUCCACUUAUGUCCCCCCACCUGAUUAUCUGGAAGAGGACGAGGACCUGAUCAAACCCAAGAAACUGGUGAAUCCUGUCAAAUCUUCCAGAAGUCACCAGGAGCUUCACCGGGAGCUGCUGAGCAGCUACAAACGAGGGGGUGUCAGUGUGGAGAUGAAGCCGGAGCUGCAGAGAGUCCUGGAGUCCAGGAAGAGAGAUCAGCUGAUCCGACAGAGGAAACAGGAAGAAGAGGCUCGCAAGAAGAUUUCUCCUCUGGAGGCUGAGCUGCUGAAGAGGCACAAGAAGCUGGAAGAGCUGGAAAGACAACAGGAGCAGCAAGAAGAAGAGGACCUGAAGGCCCCGGAGUUCGUUAAAGUCAGGGAGAAGCUGAGACGGACGUCCCUUCACCAACAGGAGGAGAAGGAGGUGUAGGACUCGGGACAGUGCCUAACGGAGGACAGAGACUCAGAUGGUUCACAUCUGGACAAGAUUCCAGACCACUAGCACACCGAGAGGGAGGAGGGGUGGGACGAAGACGAGGUCCAGCGAGAGGGAGGAGGGGUGGGACGAAGACGAGGUCCAGCGAGAGGCGGAGGUGGUCCCAGGUCUGCAAGACCGUUUGAGGACAGGUGGCGGACGUGGAGAUGGAGACGCAAACGGUCAACACAAAGAUUAUCUCAGCACUUGGACAUGAAACCCUCAGUGACUGUAGAGUGUGAUCGAUUAAGAGCGGAUCAGUGAUUGAUCAGCUCUGACAACAUGUGUAAAGUAAACAGGGGGUUUACAGAAACAGAUUUUAUUUGCUAAAAAUGUCACUAAAUGUAUUAAUUCCUUUCAGAUAGAACUGUUUUGGGUUUGUUUGUACCAGCUGACCUCUUGGCUCGAGGAGCAGCUCCUUAGCUGUGGGUGUUUGUGGAAGGUCUAUCUCAGGAAUGGCUCUAUGAAUUUGGAUGAUCGAUGCCUUCGUUGAAUCUUCACAACCAAUAGAAUCGAGGGACAGUCCACAAAUCCAAAUCGCUUCAGGCGUCAUCCAAUCAGAAUGAAGAAAGGAUUUCAUGCUUCACAAGAUGGAUGCUUAACCUUCUAGUGUUAACGGAAAUGGUCCAAGAAAUCAAAAAUGAUUUAGAUUUGUCCCAGAGACUUGGGAUUACGUGAAACUAUGAUGGGGAAACAUUAAAGGUCAGAAGGAGUUGGCUGCAGAAAGUGACGUCUUUAUUCGUUGUUCUCUGACUGCAUGCCCAGUGAUUCUUUACUGUUGUACCACCACAAUCCACAGAGUCUCAACUUUAGCUUUAUACUUAGCACCUAGAUCCGUUUUGCUAGUGGGACUUAAUACAAGAAGUGAAGAAAGUUGCUGCAUCUCUAAUGACCACUAGGGGCUGGCUCCAAAAGUGAGUCAAUCUCCACUAUAAUAAACAUAUUUACAGCCUGAUAAGAAAAACUGAUUUGGUUUUAAUAGAUAUAUUUCACAUCCAUGACAGCUGUAGAGAGGUGAUUUUUUUUUUUACCUCAUCAGGAAAGUUAAUAUUAAACCACAAAUGUAUGCAUAA